GGUAGGACGAAUGGAAUAGACCAGUCAAGGUAUAAUGUUAAAUAAGGGGGUGUGCUUGUUUUCUUUUGUCAGGGAACUUAAAAAGAAAAGGUUGUCAAGAUGCCUGAGACUGGCGGCACAUCAGUUGUUCCCAAGAAGGGCCUGACACUCGAUGACCUCAUCGCGGCCAUCGACCGACAUGAAAGGAACCCGAGCAACAUCCCAAAGCUCGAUACUUUCCAUUUCUGUGGGGAGAGAGUCUCAGAAUGGCUAGAGCGGGUGGAACAAGCUUUGGUCGGGCGACCGGAUGUUGUAAAGUUUCAACGCAUCCUUCAGUAUGUCCUCCACAGCUACCAUCAAGAGGUGAAGAAAGUCAUAGAUGCGGCUCAAGGUAGCUGGGAAAGGUUCAAGGAGGGGAUGCAGAGGAAAUACCGCCUGGGAGACGGGUUGUUGACUACCACGGACCUUGAAGCGAUGAACAAAGAGGAUUUUACGACUAUAGGGGCCUUUGUUCAAGAAUUUAAGAAGAGGGCGCGGAAGGUCCAUGGGAUUUCGGAGGAAGCACAGUGCGCCAUCUUCCUGAGGCUACUCACAGCAUCGGAGGCCGUCGAGUUGACGAGACAUGGAGGAGGUGGAACAGCGUCGGGUACGCCUGCAAAGACAGAAGAGAAAGGAAAGGGAUGCGACCGCUUAUGGGACCCCGGGAGUAACAAGGAUUGUUACAUACGUAUUGGCACAGCUAGGGUAUGCGACAGAGCCAGUGGUGCAAAGAAGGGUGGUGACGGCUGUCAAAGUAAAAGGAAAAGAGCCAGUGAUAGAGGAGGCCAGGAGGAGCUCGGGGAAGAGGAAGAGCCGGUGCCGCAGCACCUGACGAAGGUCCAGCGCAAAGUGUGUAAUUUGGCGCAGGGCGGACAAGGAUCAGGAAAAGCGCAGGCACCUCUAACCCAGGCAGCAGCCCCUUUAAAUGUGGCGGCUCCAUCAUCUUGUACGGGCCCCUCGCAAGGUGGGGCUCCCUCCUAUGGACAGUGGCCCUGGCCAGUGAUCAACGCAAUUGUGCCAUGGGGAAGUACGCCGCCAGUAGCCGGACCGCAAACGAGUAUGCCACCACCCAUCUACCCCGCGGCCCACGCCCAACCUGUGGCCCCGCCACCGUCACCUGAUCCCAGUUCACAGGGCAGUGUUGUAGGGGGUGGGAACCAGGGGCAGGGCAAUCAAGGCAGCAGAGGGAGGGGUGGAGGGAAGGGGCGAGGCAGGAAUGGCGGCGGAAGAGGGAGGCAAUGGAAUGGCCAAGCAGGCCCAGUCGUACCUUUGGCAGUAGAGGAGGGGCUGUCACCAUCUAGCAGUGAGCCGUCUCAGGGCUCGGCAGAGGGAUCCAUGGGCGUGCUCCUUGAGAUGGUGCAUACUAUGCGGGAGGAGGUGAGUUUGUUUUCACGUGAGCAGAGGAUAGAAGAGCCUCUUGAGAGAGAGAUGGGGAUUGAGGAGGAGGGUGCCAUCGAGGGUAGACUCCAGAGGAUAGGCACACCUGAGUAUGAACCAGAGGAGAUUGAGGAGCGGCCCACGGCAGUGCCAGGGGCGACACUCGAGAGGAGGCCUCAGAGGUUGGACACGCCCGAGUACGUUCCAGCGACAGAGGAUUUGAGAGGCAGGCUAGGAUCUUGGGCUACUGGAUCUGGGUCUGGUGGACCGGUUCCUGGGAUAGAGCAGCAGGAGGUCGCUAGUACCGCAGCUCCUCAAGCAGAGCAGCAGGGGGUCGUCAGUACCUUGGUGGGAUCCCCUUCAUCGCCACCUCCUCAGCCCAGGAAGAGGAAGUUCAAGAGAAAGGUAAAUCUCUAUGUUUUUACUGCAAAAGGGACGUGCAUCUGGCUUUGGACUGUCUCGAGUUUCUUGAGGAUAAGGCAGCAGGGAAGAUCUCAGAGGUAGGGGGUAAAAUGUAUGAUAGACAGGGUAGGAUAGUAGAGAAGUCCGCAGGUGGACUUAGGGCUCAGUUAUAUAGGCAAAACCAGG